AAGGCGGAAGCGUUGAGACGGACGAAUCCAUCCUUUCGACUUGUGGUGAACACCUGAAAAUUGCUCCUUUUGGAUUGCUCAGGGUUCUCUAUUACAAGAUAUUCUGCUUUUUGGUUUUUUAAAAUAUAGAAGCCCUAAUAUGUAGGAGUACAAGCACCACAUCGAGGGGCAUGUGAUUUUGGUCAGCUGUCUGGGGAUAACUAAAAUGGCCACCGCUCGCGACCCUAAUGAUUUGCUUCGUUCGAAUAAUGGCAAAGCAAAUUUCCAACGUUUGGCUCGUCUGCUAAUAACUGGAGGUACUGAACUGCUGAGAGAAAUUUUUGACAUGUUUUGUCCUCCAAAUGAUCUCCCAAAGUUGCUGAAAGAUUCUAAGACAGAGGAUAAGCUUAAAGCAGCAAAGCUCACCAAACCCCUGUGGGAAUGCCUGUACCCUUUCCCAGGGGUAUACGGCAAGUCAGAAGACUUUGAUAUUACCUUACUCUUCAGACUACUCAGAACACUUUUCGCGCUGACGCCACCUACGACAGGGUGGGACGAACUACCAGCAAGUGGAGAUCACAGUUUGGAAGCAGAUUUAUCGAGAAUUAAAUACUACCGGAACUCCAUCUAUGGUCAUGUAAAACAAAACAUGGAGAUAUCAGACGAAGACGAGUUUUUAUCCUUAUGGAGGGAGAUAAGUGGGGCCCUUGUAAGGAUUGCAGGACACAUCAGCCAUGAGAAGAAAAUAGAAUGGCAGGAAGCGAUUGAUAACUUUUUGAUAGAUCCCCUCACGGAGGAGGAUGAAAGAAAUUUGGAGGAACUACUCACUUGGUAUCGCAGCGAUAUGGAAGUUAAGAAAUCUGUAGAGAAACUAGAAACCACAACCCAGGAAGUGAAAGACCAGAUAGGAGAGCUGCAUCAGAGUAUAGAGCAGCUUGGAAAGCUGCAUCAGAGCAUGGAUCGGAAGCUAACCACCUUAACUGAAAGCCCACGAGAUGGAGCUCGACUUGCUUUGCGAAUUGACUGCCACAUACCCGGCCCACAAGUGGGAGCCUGUGAGAUAGCAGAAGAAACAAGAGCCUCUGUUGUCGGAAUUCCCUACCCUACCACUCAAGCAGGAGCCUCUGGGGUAGCAGCAACCUCACGCGAAGAAGGAACAAGAGCCUUUGUUGCCGGGAGCCCCUCUCCAAACACUCAAGCAGGAACCUCAGAGAUAGCAGAAACUUCGCAGGAAGAAGGAGCAAUAACCUCUGUCGCUGGGAGCCCCUCUCCUACCACUCAAGAGGUUUUAAAUCUGGCUGCAUAUAAGUACCUAAACACAAUUGACCCCUCUAAACCAGAGGAACUGAAUGGAUUUGUACAAUACUUGAAGGUGGUGCGUCAAGUGUUGAUUGUGGAGACAAAGCCUGGCAGUUUAAUGAUCAUUGUGGAAUGCAGCUCCUUGGAGAUACUUGACGGUCUGUGGGACGACUAUUGCUCAGAUCAUCUGAACAAGAUGGCACAAAACCUUGUUACAAAGGAACUUUUGGAUGAACUUGGUCUUCUGGAUGUAAAGCUCACGGUAACCAUUCUGGAAGAUGAGUACAAAAAGUGUCGAGAGUAUUUCUUACAGCAGUCUGAGAAUAAAGAUGCACGUCCUCAAGAAAAUGUUCAAGAAACUUCUGAAGAAAGCACAAAUAUAUCUGAUAAAGAUGGUCAACAAAGUGAUCUAUCUAGAUUGAGAUCUGAACGAGAAACCUGGCAGGAAGUUAGGCCUCAUGGCCGGCGUUCCAGACCUCAAGCGGAUGGUGCAGAAACAGAACGAGGUAGGGGUCGAGGCAAUGAGACAAAUCGCGGGACGCCUCGAGGGAAACCCUCUGGUGGUUGGACACGUUCUUUACAAAAGAAAGGGAAUGAAGGAGCGGUAAGGGCACAUUAUGACGAUGGUCGUGGGAAGAGAGGAGACCCAAGACGAGGAAGAGGACGAGGGCGAGGACAAGGACAAGGACGAGGCUUUGACAAUACACGAGGAGGACUGCAGUACAGAGGAGGGGCACAUGGCCACCAAAGUGGGGCUGAGCCUCGUCAACGUUCAGAUGCAGCUUCCCGAGGAUUCAAACAGGCCAACAUCAAGUAUGAGUGGAACAAAUUGUACGUACUGGGUUUACACUACAGAACAACACCAGAUGCUGUAAAGAAUUACAUUGAAAGAAUAAGCGGUUAUGAUGUGAAGUAUGUCGAGUGGUUUAAACCAAAUGGAAAAGCCAUUGUGACGUUAAACACCCCUAAAAUUCAAGGUUUUGCGGAAAUUCUCGAAGCAGCGAAGAAAAGGCCCCUUGAAGGUGUACAAGUCUUAUUAGAAAGAGCCCCUGAGUGCAAAAGCAUAUUUGCGAGCGGAUUUUCGGAAAGAACUACACAAGAUGAAGUAGUAAGCUUCUUUUAAGAAUGGGGUGAAAUAGCAGAUGUUUCAUUCAGCGAUCCAUGGGACGAAAAAGUGAAGGAAAAGAGAGUUAUUGUGUACUUCAAACACAAGAAUAGUGUUUUACAAUCUAGGGAUGAUCACUUUUUUCAUGAUAAACCUUUGCAUGUGGAGGCUUUUUAUCCUUUUAUGGGAACACUGACACCUGUUGAUGAACCGUCAAAGUCAACCCGUCCAACCUCAGGUGAAGUGGAAGGAGACAGACAGCCUGAGUUUUACAAACCUGUGGACAAAGACAUCAUGGAAUUUUUGAUGAAGUCCAACCAAGAAUCUAGACUGAGGGAACGUCUUCAUUCAAAUGAACAUGCCGGGUUACGGUGGAAAAACGGCGAAGAAUAUGCGCUGAUCAAAUAUGACAGCACUGGCAAGAAACGCGAUAAGGAAUUUGAAGAGAAAGCAUGGAAAAUUCGCUGUUCUGAAAUAAUCGAUUCAUUUAUUGCUAGUUGCGCCACGAAAGAAUUUUCCGUAGACGAAGAGAUUUGGGAAGCAGUAGCCGAUCAAUUACCACAGCUAGAAGGGUUUCUGCCAAAGUUCACAGCGCACGUUAAGUUAUUGAAUGACUCGCGUACCGUUAAGUUAGUUUGUCAACAAUCAAACAUGUCAGAUUUUGGGGAAAAAGUUGAGGGUCGACUGGGGGUCAUUCUGCAGCAAGAAGACGAGAAAAAGCUGGAGAGGAGGACACUGACUGAUAUAGCAAGCGAGAAGCUACUUCUCUUUCAAAAUGCUCGGAUUGAGGACAUUUUGAAGAAGAAAUUUUUGCAAAAUAUUCAAGUUAAGAUCAGUAUGGGUAACAAAAACCUUGAAAUAAAAACACCCAAGGGAUACAUGGCAUCCGUCAUUCCUUAUCUCCGACAGCGUCAAGACGAAGUAGACCAAAACUCAAUAGCUUUUCCACCGGAAAUUAUAGAGAUACUAAAAACCAAGGCUGGACGAAGAAAGAUGACUGAAGAAUUGCCAGAUGGAUGUGCUUUUAACGUUGACGACAGAAGCAAAAAAGUUAUUCUUCUUGGGAGAACAACCCCCGAAACCCAGCAAGGCAGAAUCAAGGCGAAAGAAGUACUAAUAAGUAACCAUGAUGUCACCUUAAGCGCCAGGGAUAACCACCUGAUAUCUUCAAAGAAGUGGGACGACCUAUGUAAGAAGUUGGUGAAACGCCUCACGAUCCGCCACAAACGUGAAUUGACCUGCAUAGCCGUCUUUGGCUUCAAAAAAGACGUAACGGAAGCCAUAAAAAGAAUGAGGGACUUUCUUAAUGAAAAGAAAGCAACAGAAGGUGAAACAAGACUUACUACGCAAAUUCAUCGACAAUUCUUCAAGAAUUAUUACAAAGACGAACUGCAAAAAAUCACGGAUGAGCUUUACCAUUUUGGUGUUAAAAUUGUUGUAGAUGAAAGUGGAGAGAGUGUCAAAUAUUCUGGCAAUGAAGAGGGCGUGAAAGAAGCUGAGGAGAGGAUCUACUUUCUGCUGGAGAACAUCAAAGAAAAGAGUUUCUCAAUUUCAUUACCUGGUAUGCAAACUUUCCUGACUCAGGAAGAGGGAGGGCGUUUGAUAGAAACUGUUGAAAUGGAGAUGAAAUGUAUCAUCAAAAUAACAGACGAAGUUGCGGAACAAGAAGAUGAUGAUGCUGACAGUGACAAUGAUGAACCAUUGAGCGACGACAAGGAAAACGAAGAGGAGGUCGAAAUCGUACAAACCUUCUCUACCUCUGAGGGGAAAAAGGUCACGUGGAAGAUAGGAAAUAUCACAGAAGAUCAGGCUGAUGUUCUGGUUUGCUCAGUUGGGUCAAAAUUCAAUCUUGCCAUCGGUGCCAUUGCACAUGCUAUGAGUAAAGCUGCUGGUCCAGAUUUACAAGAUCAGUUGAGAAUAAAGACAUUGGGAAAACAAUUUGGUGAGGGCGACAUCGUUCACACUGGCCCAGGAAACCUUAACUGUCGUAAUGUAAUUCACUGUGUUUGCUGCCCAUGGAAAGGAAAUCGUGAACAGGAGCAGCUUCUUCGAGAACUGUUUCGGAAGUGCUUCGACAAAGCAUCAGAGCUUGGUGCAUGUUCUAUAAGCCUGCCGCUAGUUGGAACUGGUAACCUUGGUUUCCCAUAUGACACUGCGGUCCAGAUUAUGAUCCAGGCAGCAGUCGACUACAGCCGCUCAAAUCCAGAUUCACCUCUGGAAGAGAUUAAGUUUGUCGUGUUUGGCGAAGAUCAGGAUGGAGUUGAAAUGUUCACGGAGAAAUUUAGAGAUUUCAAAGGAGAACAGAAGCCCAGGCUGAAAACUCGAAAACCAGAAGUUCGCAAAAACAAGCCAACCCCUGCUCUGUCUGAAUUUUGUUCUAAAGAAGUCUGCGUUGAAGAAAUGAUGUUAAAGGUCACGAAAGGAGACAUCACCGAGGAAAGUUCCGAUGCCAUUUUUAAUAUUGUAACUAAGGAUCUUAACAUGAAAUUUGGAAAUUUGAGUAGAGCCAUCAUAGAGGCAAGUGGUAGCACUGUAGAAAAAGAGUUAAAGUCAAAAGCCCCUCAACAGCCUGCUGGAUCCGUUGUGAUCACAUCUGCCGGACGCCUGUCUACAAAGCACAUCGCACAUAUGGUUGUGGGACCUGUAACCAAGAAAAAUCUUCAGAGAUGCGUUGAGAAAGCACUGGAAAAAGUGGAUUCCUCGGGAUUGAAAUCCGUGUCCAUUCCAGCCGUUGGUAGUGGUGGGUUAGGUCAAACUGCGGACGAAUCGGCAGAACUGGUCUUCGGGGCAAUCCGCACAUUUAUGGCCAAACCCCCACGUUCAAUUCAGGAGAUCAGAGUCGUAGUUUUCGACAAUUCUGUCACUGCAGCAUUCGUGGCAGAGUUGGAAGUAAUCCAGCGAGAAAUUGGUGACUCUCCCCAUCCUGACGACGAAGACGAUGAUCCAGGAUACUUCGAAAUGAGCUCAGAAGCAUCCAUCGAUGUAUUGACGAGAAGACGGCCCCAGAAGAUCGUCAUUCAUGCUCGGUCAGAGUCAUUAGAUGCAAUUAUGGCAGCCUUGAAAGACGGUGUAGAAAAAGCCUGCGGCAAACCUCGCGUUAUCAAGAACGAAAUUAUAAGUCGUCUUUCCAAAAGGUGCAUGCGAGAGCUGAAACGGAUAUCUCGGGCUCGAGAUGUGAGACUGGGGCAACCAGAGCCGAACAUGUUAACACUGGAAGGACUACCAAAAGAUGUAAUGGACGUCAACUCAGAAGUUUGGGAUGUAAUCCAAGAGCAGAUGGAGAGAGAACAUAAAGAGGAGCGUGCAGAACAGAUGUCUAAAACCGUGCAAUGGUACUUAGUCAAUCCAGCAGGAAAACUCGCUGCUUUCGAAAAAAUGGCCAAUAAUGAAAUAGAGUCAGCUUAUAAAGAGAAGAAACCGUCCCUUUUAUUCACAUACAAGGACCUGAAGGCUGAAAUCAACUUCGGCAACAAAGAGGUCACUUUCCUGAGAACUGGCGCCAUCAAAAAGGCCCUUCGUAAAGAUGUGCUUCCUCUUCCUGAUGAAUGGGAUCCCCAACCUCGAGACGACCGCGGGAAAGAGGAGAUCCUAUACAUGGUCUGUCUCUCAGAGGACUCUCAAGAAUAUAAAGCGGUUGAGGAGAAAUUCCUUCGUUCACUGAGUGGAAAAGUGGUCAUUAAAAAGAUCGAGAGAAUUCAAAAUCCGUCAAUGUUUAAUUCGUACAUGUUGCGGAAACAAACCAUGGAUGAAAAGAAUGGAACCAUCGACAACGAACUAGAACUCUUUCACGGAACGAAGCCUGACAGCGUGAAGGAGAUCAACGUGCAGGGAUUUAAUAGAAGUUUGUGCGGCGUUCAUGGUGCAGCGUUUGGCGACGGUGUCUACUUUGCAAAAGAUGCUUCUUAUUCUUUGACAUAUUCUCAACCAGGCGCAAAUGAUCAACGCCGCAUGUAUUUAGCGAGAGUGCUGGUUGGAAAGUACACUGCUGGCCAGCAACGAUUGAAAAAACCUCCUCCCAAAGACCCCAGCAAACCAGAAAUCCUGUUCGACUCGGUGGUGAAUAGGUCGGAAGAUCCGACAAUUUUUGUGGUUUUUAAUGAUUAUCAUGCCUACCCGAAAUACCUAAUUACCUUUGAGGAGACCUAAAGGUAGUUGAAAUGCCCUUCAUUCCGAGCGAAGGGCUCUGACGAAGAGCUAACGCUCGAAACGUCAGCUAUUUAACUCUUUACGGUGGCCAAUUUAUAAUUCAACUUAGUUCAUAUUACCAAAUUACCUUACUACCCCCACCGACGCAGCACCACAGUUUCUUUAGAAACUUAGCCCUUGUAUUCAUAUUGGAACAGUAGUUGAAUAGGUCAAUUAAUAAAUGGUUAAGGCUUCGUACACCUUAAGCUGGAUUUCAAUGAAGUAGCACACAAGAAUUACUGUUAGUAGAAGAGCUUUGAACGGUGUUAUAGCUUUUGAUGAAAGAAAAUAAAUCACUGAUGUAAGAAGCUGGAAAA